AUGUCUCAGCAGGAAAGAGGGAGAUCUCCGGUGGCGGCAGCCGCCACCUUGGUGGCACUCGUGAUGGUUUGCCACUGCCGCCACGUGGCUCACUCUAAACCCACCAACUAUGUGGUGGGGGAUGGAAAAAAUGAGUUCAUAUAUGACAACAAUGUCCACAACGUGGUUUGUGUGGACAAAAAGGGAUUCGAGGACUGUGCAGCAAGCUCCAGCGACAAAUCCACCGUAUAUAAAACUGGAGACGACAAGAUACAGCUUGUUCUUGGAACCAAUUACUUCAUCAACGGUAAAAACAAUGAAGCUUGUAAACAAUUGGGGAUGAAGAUUAUGGUCACGGCUGGUAAUUAG